AUGACGUGGGAUGUAACGUUAGAUUUUGAAUAUGUUGUAACAAAGAAGAAACCGCCUCGUAUAUGUUUUGGUACUGGUCUAGACCGUGAAGUAUUACCACAAAAGGGACCUAUGCUUAGUCCUUUUAUGAGACGGAAUGCACCCGAAGUGAAACCAAACCUGGGCCCUGGCAGCUAUGACAAUAAUCGUGACGCCUUUUACGACCUUGCCCACAGGAUUUACAGCAAGUGUUAUUACGGCCCGAAGUCACCUAGAUGGAAGGUAAAGCACGAAUAUCAGCCUCCUCCUAAAGAACCUACACCAAUGGAGCCAAUACCUCAAAACUGUGCACCUUUUAACUCCACGUCAAAGAGAAAAGCGUUGUUCCAAUCAGGAGAUGUUCCAGCGCCUUGUGAUUAUUAUCCGGAGUACAAGAAGAGACAAAUGAAAUUUUCGUAUAGUUUCUCCGGUAAAAAGGUUCUAAAGUGCGCUGUUGAGAUAAAAUGCGUACCAUACAAUUUGGAUGUUUGUGGUUUUUGCGGCUGUUCAUGUUCUGCACAGGGCGACUAUUGGCAUUACGAAAAUAGAAUAUUUUUAUGUCGAAAACAUUAUUCGCGAUUGUUUAAGCAUUGUUUGGCUAAAUUUCAGGGUGCAAAAUUAGCUGAAUUUAAGUCGGUGAGAGAUUGCUUCUUCGCACACGCACAUAAUAGUUGCAAAGCUGCUUUAAAAAUAAUGAAAAUUGAAGAAAUAGAAAAGAAACUUCGAAAAGAAGCCUAUCUUGACUUAUAUUUUCCGCAGCGGAGAUUUUGUAACAAUUAACAAUCCUUGUUUAAUUAGGAAUAUUUUAUAAUUAUGACACAUUAAAACACUGUCACAGAGUCGUACUUAACGGAACAGUACGUAACGGAACUUUUCUUCAUUAUAUAACAUGACGCUUCAUUGCCACAACUGAAAGCGUUAAACAUAUCAAUUAAUCAGCAAAACUUAUGUUUUUAAAUACAAAAGUGUGUAUAGUUAGUUUUAAUUAUAUGAAACUAGUAGGUACCUACAAAAUAAAACGUAACAACAUAA